AUGGCUUCCACACCACCUAUCAAUAUCUCGGUCUUCGAUCCACCGGCAGGCACUUCGGCUUUGACGCCUCAUCAUUCACAGGCCACUACUCCGACGAGUAUACCAAUUAAUACGCUAUCUUUACAUGAAUACCGCAAGCAGCAGCGUUCUCCAGACAUUUUGCAAUACACCAAUGGACCAAGCUUGAAACGCAAGCCUGGUACGCCUCAACUCAAUCCGGAUAGACCACCAUCAAAUCCUCGGCCGAUGUUUGUCACCGUGAUUCAGCAUCACGCAAAGCAGAAUGCCGUGCCAUACGAGCGGGAGCAGAAAUUACGAAAGAAAGCAGGUCAGGGACAGCUAAAGAAGGCUCCAAGCCGUCUUGGAGAGAGAUUGCCGCAUGCCCCUAUCAUUCCUGAAUUCGAGCAUCUAGCCCCGUCACGCUAUCAUACACCGAACAUUUCACAUUUACCAUCGGAGCGGCCUCUACGAGAUAUUGGUGAUUCGCGAUUCAACACCAUACCCAUGCCAGACCUAUCUCCAUCGAUCUCAUCGUUGUCAUUCCGGACUGCGGAGCCUUAUGCCAACCUAUCUACUCAAAAUAUCGCAUCAAGCCAAGAUCCAUUUUCUAGCACCGCAGAUUUCGACAAGGAGAAUGUACCGACUAUGGAGUCAAACCUCUAUACUACUUUCGCCGAUCAUACUCGAUCGGUUCCAUCAUCUUCAUUUCACAUUCAUGAACAUUUUCCCCCACUACCCAGUCAAUCAGCGCCUGGAAAUACACGCUCUUUCGCCAAUCCAAUAUCUCGUGGGGAUCCACAAGCAGAAAAUCGUGAACGGUACGUUCCGUACAGCGAUGUGGAUCUUUUUGCCAGUCCAUCGUUUGCACCAUGUACCUUAUCUGGCCUCGCACAGUCUGUUGGAGCAAAUGCCCUCCAGCCAGCUUUCGCAUUCGCAGACCGUGAGAGGCCAUUGAACCAGCAACCCAGCCUGGACGAACGAAGGGAAUUUCUUCAACUUCCACGGAGAUUGAACUAUCAAAAUGGCCAUCCUCGCCAUAGUCCCUUCUCAUAUAAUGGGGUGGACGGAGACAAAUCAAAUCCCAGAACGUCUUACCAACUAAAGGUGCCAGACACUGGUGACAAUUCAUCCUUUGUCUUUCCGCCUACUGAGAGGGACCAGCACUCACCCACGCCACAAAAACAGACCCACGCUCGUAAGCCUUCGGGCUCCCUGGAACAUGUGCUGAGACACAGGAGAGAUUUGAGCGAUCGCUACCCCAUACUACAGCCUAUAAAACCUAAGAUAGUAGACAUCAAACCACAAUCACCAAAGUCGAGGCUUGCUCCCAUCUUGCCUCCAGUCGAAGCGAUGCCUAGAGGGCCCAAGUCACCCGCUGCGACCACGAGAAUCGAUGCAAGCAAACCUGAAUUCUCGCGUAGUCAACCCAACUUGACGCAAGAUUCGUCUUUUCUUUCAGUGUCUCCAAUCCCGCGGACUAGAAGUGCGCAAGCCUUGAAGCCUUACGACGGACCGUUACAGAGCCGAUUUUCGGAUUUUCGAACAUCCAGCGCGUCAGGAGAUGAAGACUUCCGGUGGCCUGAUCCACCGGCAUACUCCUUAUCAUCUUACCUUGCAUCUUCAUCAACUAAAUCGACAUCGCCCAAAUCAGGGUGGACGUCGCACGGGCGCUUUGAUAGCCACCAGUCAACAACCAUCCAAGGGGACUUUGACAGCUUCUACGGGCUCUAUGCGAGGUCAAGUAGACAAACAUCUGCAUCUUUUCACUCGCGCAAACGUCUGCCUCGACCAGACGAUGCUCGCACUACAUCUUCCAUCUCCUCGAGCAGGCCUUCGAUAGUUCAGGUUCACUACGAUGGCGUGUCAUUCGAUCUUCUGAACCCACAUAAUAGCUUAGAUGUUUCGGUUUUCAAAGACGAAUCCGAUGACGAGAUUGCCGAAGACGACCUUGGUAAGCAAAAACGGGCGCAGGCCAAAGGACAACCAGUUAUAGACGAGACUGGCAGUGUCAAACCUCCAAUACCUCCAAAGUCGCCAUCACGUCAGGCCUCGACGGCUGCAGCUUCAAAGGCCCCUCUUGACCGUGCCACGACUGCUGAGCGCAACGCGCUCAAGGACUUCAAAUUCCCGUCCUCGCCAUUCCCUCUCCCCAGCGACACCACAAGCACCAACGCCGACGCCUUCCAUGACACGUCAUCCAUCCUCGAUCGCUACGCCGGCCCCUCGGUGCCGCUCCCACCCAUCCCCGCCCGAUUUCGUAUCGAACGCACGCUCACCACUCCUCUCACUCUGCCCGGUCCCACAGACAUCUCCUCCCCGUCUGCAAGCUACGGCGACACCAGAGAUCUCCUAAACGUAAGCGCCGCGCUUCUCAAGCCCCUCUCAAAAAGCUCGCUCCGCAUCCAACCGCCCCCGUCCCUCCACCGCACCCACGAUCCCGAGAAACAGGCAUUUGGCGCCGGCGAGGAGUUCGAUGAGGUUGAAUUGACGGCUCCGGCGCCAGUCGCGAAGCCGGGGAAGAGGAGUGUGCAGAGCCCGUUUCGCGAAUGGGUGGCGAGUGCGACUCGGAAAGAGGACAAGGUUGGAUGGAGGCGGUUCAGUGUAGAGGCGCAGUUGAGGGUUGAUGGCAGGGAAAGGGGCAGAGGGCAGAAGGAGUGGAUUGUCAGGGCGGGUGAGUGUGUGGGCAGGGGCUGGAUUAUCUUUGUGGUUGUCUGUCUUGUGGGUGCGGUUGGCAUUGGCGUUGGGGUUGGUGUUUGGAGGGCGCUCGCGGGUAUAUGUAUACUACGCCACAUGAUACCACAUGCCAAGCGGGUUUUGGCAGUGACUUGGAUUCGUGUAAAAGAGGAGAAGGAGAGAGAGAGAGAGACAGAGGGAUAUCGAUUCAAGUAUAGCCAAUGA